CGCCUCUUUAAGUUUGAAUUUUGGAAAUAAUUUCAGGACCGUUUGAUAUUUCAUUUCGCUUUUCCCUCUCCUCUGAUCUACAGCAUCCUUCUAUCUCUAACAAAACUCCCAACGUUUCUUUCAUUCAAAAAAUUGAACACUAAAGAAUUUGACCCGAUCAUUUUCCGAUCUUUGUAUCUUUUUGAUGUUUUUCACUAAGAUCUUUCAUCAAUUGAUUAUUUUAUUCUUGGCUUCAUCAUCGCUUAAUUGAAAGAUCGAGCUUACUUUGAUCUUAAUAGAAAAUUUGAAUCGCGCAAAGACAAAUCUUCUCCUUAGUUUCAUACUCAUUUGCAAAAAGGGAACUCUACGAUACUAAAACCCUAAAAUUUCCACGACCACUGCCGGCUGCCAGUCGCCGACUUCCGAUUGACCACCAUCAGACUGCCGUAAUUGGUGCUGCUUGCUGCGCCGAUUGUCUUAAUUGACCACUAAAAGUCCUAAAAACUCACUGCUGUUACGCCAUUGGAAUUGUUGCUGCCUGCGUCCACUGCCGUAAGCGCCCUCCGUUAUUGACCACCACCAGACCACCACCUUCAAUAGACACCAAAUCUACAAUUUCAGGUAAGCAAAACACAACCUUUUGGGUAUAAAGCCUUAGUAUUUGAAGCCAUUUGAAAAGUUACGACUACACAUGCCUUUGGAUUCCAUCUGCAUACAGAUUGGACCUUGCAGUAUCUAGAUUGGCUGAUAAUGCCUUGGGGAAAACUUCGUGUUGAAAGCUGUCAUCAAGUGGGAAUUGGGGUAGAUAACUAUGGCAAGUGAUAAGAAAAUAGCUGCAUCACUUCCGCCUCAGCCCCCACCCAGUCUUUCUACUUCUCUAAAUGGGGCCAACAAUGCUUUUCCUUAUGGCAGACCUAUGCAUGGGAGGACUACUGGGCCUACGAGGCGAUCAACAAGGGGUCAAUGGACAUCUGAAGAGGAUGAAAUUUUGCGCAAAGCUGUUGAACGCUUCAAAGGGAAAAAUUGGAAAAAGAUAGCUGAAUGUUUCAAGGACAGAACUGAUGUUCAGUGCCUGCACAGGUGGCAAAAAGUCCUUAACCCAGAGCUCAUCAAGGGUCCUUGGUCUAAACAGGAAGAUGACAUUAUUGUUCAAAUGGUGGAAAAAUAUGGACCAAAGAAAUGGUCCACAAUUGCUCAAUCUCUUCCGGGGCGUAUAGGAAAACAAUGCCGAGAAAGGUGGCAUAACCAUCUUAAUCCUUCUAUAAAUAAGGAGGCAUGGACUCAAGAAGAAGAACUUGUUUUAAUUCGUGCUCAUCAAAUUCAUGGGAAUAGAUGGGCAGAGUUGACAAAAUACUUACCAGGAAGGACAGACAAUGCUAUAAAAAACCACUGGAACAGCUCCGUGAAGAAGAAACUAGACUCUUAUAUUGCUUCAGGACUUCUUGCACAGUUCGAAGGCCUGCCAUUGGUUAGUCAUCAAAGUCAAUCCAUCCAUGCUGCUUCUGUGCUAGUACAACAGAGCAGUGAAGGUGGUAGUGUUUUCAAAGAUACGACGGAGAUGGAAAGUUCAGAAUGUAGUCAGGUUGGUUGCUCUCAAACCGCAAGCGACAUCUCUAACACGGCUUGCCAGACGAAAGAGGACUUCUUGUUGUCUGAAGAAUCGGAUCAAGGGAAGUUACAGAAUACUAGUCCAACAGCAUCAAUUUCAGAGCAAUAUUAUAAACCUGUCGAGGAUAUAACCUUCACCAUUCCUGAUUUACCAUUUGAAUUCAGUUGCUCGCCUAAAUUCCUUGAGGAUAAUUUCUCUGGAGAACCAGCGGCUUGUGCAGAUGGAACUAGCGCCUUUGGUGUGAUUAGUUUACCCAAUAUUCCCUCCAUGGAUUUGGGUGCAGACUCGUCUACUUUACCGGGAAAUUAUUUUCUUGCUGAUUCAAUGAAUGAAACAGUUCAUGGACCUUCGCACCGUUCCAUCGAUUAUGAUGCAUUUGCUUCAGUCGAUACAUUGGCUAUCAACUCAGAUGCGCCAGGACCGAAACAGACUGCUGAAGAAGGCUGUUCUGAGCUCUUGCAAGACAAAGACGGUAAUAGAUGUUCUCUAAAUCUUACCAACGGCUCUGACAUUAUUGAUAUGUACAGAUACAGAGAUUAUAUUACUUUCCAAACCAUUUAUCAGCUCUGUGAAACAAGUGGAAAUAUAGCUUCGCAGUUUAAUAAUCCUUUGGAUGCAUUGAUGGAAGCUUCAAACUUUGAUCGAUUUUCUUGUGAAAAUGAUUUGUUAGAGAGCAAAGAUUGUGAUCAAAGAAACAACAGUUUGGGUGUAUCAGAUGCACAAGACAUUGCUAAUGUGGGUGAAACAGUUAUCCCUGCACACAACAAUUCUAAUUCUCUAUGUCAUGAUCAUGUUGAUGUUGGCUUUCCAGAACAAAUAGAACUGGAAAGACCAUCAAAAUUCGUCUCUGUAAAUACAUUUGGUUCUGAAACAACGUACAACCAGCAAACUCAUUGUGAUGUAGUUGAACGGCCAGUAAAUACUACACAUGAGCAAGACGCUGGAAAUCUGUGUUAUGAACCUCCUCGAUUUCCAUGUUUGGACAUACCGUUUUUCAGUUGUGAUCUUGCUCAGUCUGGUAAUGAUGCACAACAAGAAUUUAGUCCUCUCGGCAUCCGUCAGUUGAUGAUGUCUUCUAAGUUAUGGGAUUCACCUUCUUCAGAUGAUAGACCCGAUGCAAUAUUAAAAAGUGCUGCGAAAACAUUUGCUACACCAUCAAUUUUGAAGAAGAGACAUCGUGAUCUACUGUCACCUUUAUCACCAUUUUCAGAAAGGCGAUUUGACAAAAAGACUGAGAGCAAUGCGAAACAAAGGUUUUUGUGCACCUCUAGGUUGACCAACGAGUUUUCACGUUUGGAUGUUAUGUUUGAUGAGACUAUGGAAGGCAAAGAACCAGCAUCCCCAACUAAUGAUCAAAAUAAUCGUGCUUCAAUUGAAAAUAAAGAAAAUAUAUGUCCUGCUUUUGAAGGGAAUAGAGAAGAGGGGAAACAUAGCCAUGAAGAGUUAGAAGACAAAACAUCAGAGGGAGACAAAGAGGACAUGAAGGAUACGGAGAAGGAAGGAUAUCUUGAACGACAUUCUGAGGAAUCCGUCCAUGAAUAUUGCGCCUCAGAAACACCCAAAGGAGUUCUUGUUGAACGGCCGAUUAUUGACAUGCAAUUUUCUUCGCCGGAUGGAGCUGGAGCAAAAGGAGGGUCAGAAGCAGUGGACAGAACAUUGGAUGUUCACAGCUUGACGAAUGCUUCCAAACAACCAACCACUUCAGAUUUGAUGAUUCACAAAGCUAAAUCUUUUGUAAACCCGUCCUUUGUUGAUUGUCUCAUUAACGAAGUGGGCUCUGAGAAUCUUAACUUUUUUGGCAGUACACCUUUCAGACGAAGUCUUGAAUCUCCAUCAGCAUUUAAAUCACCUUGGUUUUUCAGUUCUGCGGUUGCCUGCCCGAGAUUCGAUACUGACAUCACGGUUGAGGAUAUAGGGAUUUUCAUGAGCCCAGGUGAGAGGGGAUUGGAUGCGAUAGGUCUCAUGAAACAUAUCAAUGAGCAGAGUGCAGAUGCGUAUGCGGAGGCCCGAGAAGUGCUGGGAAAUGAAACUCCUGAAAGUAUUUUGAGGGCAAGACGCUUCAAUAACCAAAAUGCAGAAAGCAAAAGUUUAGGGCUUCAUUUGGCAUCAAAUGUCUCGAUUUCCGACUUUCAGGCAGAGCGGCGUGUUCUCGAUUUCAGUGAAUGUGGGACGCCGGCUAAGGCGCCGGAAAAGGGGAAACCCAUUACUACUGCAAACGCUUCAUCCCCGUCUUGUUUGUUAAAAAGUUACAGAUAGCUAUAUCAUUUGGCCAUAGAGCAGAGUCGGUAAAUAUCGUGCUGUAUAAGUGUUGUAAUGUUUCUUUGUAUGAUUGAUUGAAGUUAAAUGCAGAACAUUUUAACUAUUCGAUUCAGAAUGCUUUUAAUCGCACAAAACCCGUCAACAUUUUACCCAAUCUGUAAACUUGAAUGAAUUAAUAUUAUUUAGUCCUAAUCUUUCGGGAGUAAGAUUUUGA